CGAACACCAGCGACUAACUAGUCGACAAAAAUCCAUAGACCUACUUCAAACUUUUGCGGUUUACCCUACCUGGCUCAGAAAAUCAGUGACUCAUGGCUAACUAUGUGCCGAAUACCAGAAUACCUAUGCUGAACAUAAUACAAGAGCUUCAAAAUGCCAAAAUGAAUAACAUGAAUGAGGAAGUCGACAUCCAGGUACCACAUUACCUGGUAGAUAGACGCAUUUUAAAAGCAAUUGAACUAAAAAACCGGAACUAUCUAGAGAGUUACAUGAAACAAUGCCCGAGGAAUAUUGAGCGUUAUUUCUUUCUUGAGACAGUGUCACCAACUUCGCCACUCAUACGAAGUAUUCUCGUGUCAAAUUUACUAGGAUUUGCAUUGUUGUAUCGGUCAAUUCCUUGUCUGACUCUGCUACUCGAACUAGCCUCUGAUCCCUUCCAAGCCACCUACUUCAUUGAAUAUGUCACACAAAGUGAGGUGCAGAAAAAGAUUGUAAUAUAUGAGGCACCCGCUUUUGUCCUACUUUCUGGCAGUUUGCAAGAGAAAUACAAGAAAGAAUGCGUGUCAAUGUUUAUGGCGUUGCGCAAUGCUGAGACGGAGCUUCAUGUACCGAUUGCACUGCGCAGGCAGUAUUUCGAACCCCCAGCGGAACCCGCUUCAUCCACCAUACGGUUUGCGGAUGCGUGGGAAUGCAUGGAGAAGGAAAUAGAAAAGAAAGGCGGCGAAACAGUGCAGCAGAACAAGUUGUUACUGCGUGACCUAAAAGCGGUGUAUCGUGCGAACAAAUUUGACCGUUUGAGUUGAUUUGUGGAAGAUGGAAAACAGUCACAAGCCGGUUCACAGCCUCAAUGCUUGGUUCGGUACCUACUUUUGGUUGACCUUGAGCCACAUUGUACGUUCUAUUUUCUGCUUUAUUUGUAACUUAUUUGCUUCAAAUAAGAAAUGAAUUACACUCAAGCUGCCGGGUA